GGUCCUUGUCGGUUUUCAAGCCUAAACCCUAAACCCCAAAAUAUGGCGGUCUUUUCUCAUCUCCGGCGAGCCCUACUCAGAUCGCCACCGAUUAUUCCGGCAUCACGUCGCUUCAGAACUGUAGCAGCGCCGUACCACGCCGUUCAAACAAAAAACUACUCAACCGCCUUUACCAAACCGGAAGAUCAGAAGACCGAGAACAGGAAAGGGAAGUGGUUAACUUUGCCGCCUUUCAAUAUGACCGUUAACGGUGCUUCGUUGGGGAAAGAUAUUUCCGGAAGACGGCAAUUAACGAGUGAAGAAGAUGCAAGCACCACGACAGCGCUCAAAUGGGUAACGCGGUGCUGCCCGCAGCUCCCGAGGUCUCUUGUUCAAAAGCUCUUCCGCUUGAGACAGAUACGACGCGAAACUUCUGAAGAUUCAAAUUCUGAUCAGGAUGCUCAAGCUCCAGGAUCCCGAAUCAAAAGGGUGUCAGCCAAAGACUCAAUGAAACCUGGAGAUACCAUUUAUCUUCCUAUCACAGUACAAUCAUUACCAACUGAGAAACCAGAGUGCCAUUGCAGUGAAGAAGAAAUAAAGUUUCUUCAUGAUCUUGAGUUAUAUAAGGAUUCAGCAAUUAUAGUCAUCAAUAAACCUCCUGGAAUGCCUGUUCAAGGUGGAAUUGGAAUAAAAAGAAGCUUAGAUGAAUUAGCUGGAACUUAUUUGAGACAUGACUUCUCUGAACCACCUAGGCUGGUGCACAGGCUUGAUAGAGAUAGUAGUGGAAUUUUGGUGUUGGGGAGAACACAACUCAGUGCUACUGUUCUUCAUUCUGUAUUCCGUGAGAAAACUUCUGUUGCUUCCAAUAUGGAUUUGAAGAGUGAAAAAAGAAUCCUUCAAAGAAAGUAUUGGGCACUUGUUCUUGGAACUCCAAGGCGUCCUCAAGGUUUAAUCUCAGUUCCUCUUGGAAAGGUGGUUAUGGAUGAUGGAAGAUCAGAACGGAUUACAAUUGUUGAAAAUGUCACAACAAUGCAAUCACAACACGCCAUUACAGAAUAUCGAGUUCUUGAUUCCUCUACUCAUGGUCUUACAUGGUUAGAGUUAUCUCCACUCACCGGUAGAAAACAUCAGUUGCGGGUCCAUUGUGCGGAGGUAUUGGGAACGCCGAUAGUUGGGGACUACAAAUACGGGUGGCAAGCACACAAGAAAUGGAAACAAAUAUUUUCAUCCGAUCAUGAAGAAAAAAUCAAAGUUUGUAACAAGAAUUUACUUCCAUUUGGGCUUGAUUUAGAAAGUGGGAGCAUUUCCGAUAAGCAACCGAACCUUCAUUUGCAUUGUAAAAAAAUGGUUUUACCCGAUGUAUCCUCCGCGUUAAAGCGGGCCCACGUUUCUUGUUCGGAUCAUGAUUUUGGGGAUAUUAAAAGCCUCAAGUUUGGUGCUCCUUUGCCUCCACAUAUGCAAACAAGUUGGGACAUUUUGUGUAAAUGACUUAUUUACACCUUACAAAUUCCAACAACUUUAUCAACAUAGUUUUGAGGAUUAUUUGUGAUUUCGUUUCUUUUGAAUUUAUAAAUGGUGGUU